AUGGCGACGUGCUCGUCCCAGGAUCAGGUUGAUAGCGCUGUUCUACAUGCCAAUGUUGCCGUUUCGGGCGGUGAGGGAGUCGGUAGCGGUACGAGGAUCGGGGUCGACGCUGAAGGUGGAGUUGGUGGAGGAGAGGCGAAAGCCGACGUGUUCGUGAGAAACCCUAGCGAUGGUGGUGGUCGCACUGCUGCUGCUGCUGCUGCAGCUGGCCCUCCCGUCGACGAUUGCUGCCCGAUCUGCUUCGGCGACUUCUCCGUCGCCUGUAAAGCUAAUUGCGGCCAUUGGUAUUGCGGAGGUUGCAUUCUCCAGUUUUGGAACUACUCAGCAGCAUCAAGACCAUGCAAAUGCCCAAUGUGCUCGUCUAGCAUCACUAAGUUGACACCAGAGGCAUCAUUACUCAAUCAACGAGAGCAGGAAGUUAAGGAUGUUUUGCGGGGUGUUGAGAGGUACAAUCGCUUGUAUGUUGGAGGAGCACGAGGCCUCGUUCAGAAAGUGCGAGAAUCACCGUUAUUCAUCAAGCGAAUUGUUCAGCGGGUGAUGGAUCCUGAUAGACCCGAGUACUUCCUUCAGGAAGCUCGCCUCUUGGCUAUGAUAAUGAGCAUUCUCUAUGCAUUCUCUCCCUUCGACUUUAUUCCAACAGGUGGGGCAGGAGUGGUGAGAUUGUUUGAUCACGUAGCCAUCAUAAUAGUUCUCGGCCUCAAACUGAUUGGCCUUUACCUUCGACGGAGGCUCCAUCAGCGAGUUAGGCAAAUGGCUGCCCAACCUCCAGCUGAAUGA